GACAUCGUGCGACACGCGGGCGACCUUAAUCCUUGAGAAGUGAAGUUUCAAGCCAUGUCUUGAUUGUAAUGUUUUGCCGAGACGUAGUAUAGAUAUUUUUAAAUAUUAGAUUGAAAACACUCGCAAGAAGCAUGUCGAAAUUUGGGUUUGGCACUCCUGCUACCGGAACCACGACAACAACCUUUGGAUUUGGUAAUCAAAAACCAGCUCCAGCGUUUUCAACAGUCACACCGUCGUUCGCAGCGACGUCAGCUGCAACUGGUGGCUUAUCCUUUAGUACAGCCAUAUCUGGAACAUCAACGACUCCGAACUUUGGAUUCGGUAGCACAGCCGGUACUUCGACCACUUCGCAAGCCUCAAGGCCUUUCGGCUCUGGAGGAACAGCCAUAACAAGUGUAUCUUCAGGUUUAUUUUCAACUCCGAUUGUCUCGGCAGCCCCGACUGGCGGUCUCAGUUUUGGUACACCCGCUGCUACGACAGGACUGAAUUUUGGUACUAGUGUCGGCACUCAACCUACCAACACUUUAAACUUUGGUACCACUACAACCACAGGUUCAUCUCUUUUUGGUGCUGCACCUGUCGGGGGUUUGUUUGGUGCCAAACCUGUGAAUUCAGCCGCCCUAACGGCAACUACUAAUAUCCAGGGCCUUGGUGGUGUUGAUGUUUCUGCUAACAAACUAGGUUUAACUCAAGGAAGUAGUAGCCCAACAGCAGCUAAGGAAAACCUCAUACCCAAUGAACUUACACAGACUAUUGAAAACUUCAAAAUAUUUAUCAAGACCCAGAAGUCAUUCACUUCGGACAUAGCUCGGGGUUCCGUUAGACCUUUAAAUCGCUGCGCCGAAGACACAGCGUCGUUGAUGGAACUCCUAACAACUCUCGCUGGUUCGGUACAGCGAGAUCGUUCCUUGGCAGACAAAUUGAAACAGGACACAGCAAAAGCUUUACAAAAUGCAGAAAUUGCACAACGAACACACGAUACACCAGCAGGACUGCAAUAUGAGAACAAUGCGCCAUUGCUGUUCUUUAUGGAACUUGCCGAUACUUUUGAACAGGAUUUAUUAUUGUUCAGAUCUCAGAUAGAAUCCACUGAAAAACAUAUACAUACCAUGGUGACACCAAAGACGUUAACUCCACAGGAACUAACAAUGGCGAUGAGCAAGCUUCACGAAUCAUUAAUAGCAGUCGCGGGAAAGUUGCAAGGUGUACAUGCUAAAGUUCAACAUCAAAAAGAACAAUAUCUCAAUUUGAGGAAAUACGUUUUAAAAGAUAGUUCUAACGUAUUUGAAGACAGCAAGUUAAACGAAAAAAUGAGCAGGAUCAGCUCUGGAAAAAUCAACAGUGGUCCUACUCCAUUUGGUCCAGGAAACAAAAGUUUUUUAUCCUCAACAAACCUAAAUACCAGCAGACCACCAAACUAUGGAACAGCGAACCCUUUAGCUUGGGGUAAUGCAACGUCAUUACAAACAGCCAGUAGUAUUUCAGUUGGUGCGUCUGCCAAACCACCAGCAACAGGUUUGAGUUUUAACACACCGUCAAACUUGGCAACUUCCCUAUCAGCAACAGACUCCAACUUCAGUUUUCAACUUCAAAAACCACCAACUGGUAACAAGAGACAUAAGCAUUAAAGUUGAUGAAAAAAAAUCUAAGUGUAUUUUGGUAUUACAUUCGUCGCAUAAAAUCUAGAUGAAACGAUUGUAUACUGGAAAAUAUUGUUUCAUGGAUUUUUAUCCCGAGAAAUUGGAUGUAAUAAGGGGUAUUACAGUAUUGGAAGGACCAAACGUGUGCUCGGUAUGAGUACCUGUCUAAAAGUCAAAAAUAUGUAAAAUCAUGAAUCUUAGGGAUAUCCGAAGAAAAAAAAAAAUCGAAACUAAUUUAUUUGUCAUUUUUUUAGUCGAAAAAUCUGUAAUUAAAUCCCAAACAUAAUCAAAGUGGACUUACGAAGAAACAAAUUCGAUACUUUCAUAUUUACGAUUCGAAUUGGGCAAAUGUAUUUUUAAUGAGAAGCAAACUCGCAUGAAUGCCGAGGGUCAUAAGGGAAUCUGUGAAUAAUAGUUGUUUUCGUAUCUUUUUGUACACUUAAUUUUCUUAGUAGACAAAGUCUUAUCAUGUCAAGAGUUUUGUUUUGCGAGUAAUGUAAGUGCGUAAUAAGACUGGUUUUAAGCACAUUUCAUUUGCUGUAAAAAACAAAAAAAUCACUGCGAAACAUGAAGCGGCUCAUUCUUUGUAUUCAACACCGCAUCAUCCAUUUGCUAAUUUGAAAAAUUGACUUUUGGUAUUUUAUUAUCUUUGUUACAACUUGAAUAUUACUUGAUUCAUCAGACGUGUCCAGAUUUUCUAUUGCGACAUACUGCAGUUAUGCUUUACCACACCCUAUUUCAAUAAGCUCUCAUGUGACAGAGAAAAUGCAUAAUAUCUUCGAGAUAAAUAGAUGCACAGUUUAUAUCGUCGUAUGAAAAGUGAAACAAAUUAUUAGAUAAAGCCAAUGAGCGUUGCUCUUUUAUCUACAGUUGGUAGAUUAUACAGUUGUGUAGUUUUAUAUCCUGUACAAUGUAAAUCUGUAGCAGUAAAAUUUGUACAUGACGGUAUGGGAAACGAUUUGUUAUAAUAAAUGAAAAAUGUCUUUUUGUAAUUACUCUCUUGUUUAUUGAUUCAUCAGUGAUAAUUUUGUUAACUGUACAUAAACAGUGCAAAAUGGAGACACUACUUCUGAGGCUGUACCAAAUAUUAUCCAACAAACAUGAUUUCUAAAUAUUAUACUAUUUCAUAGACGUUGUUACAUUUGUAACGAUAUAACAGUAUCAAAGCUUUUGUAAGUACACCCUCGACAUUCUUCUUGUUUUUAAUACGAGUUAGUUGAAAGCAUACGGAUUGAGUGCAGGGAUUAAUUUGUUAUUAUCUGGCCUAAACUAUUAUUCAUGAUUUUAUAUAGACUCUUUUACAAAGAAAGCAAUGAAAGUCAAGCUGGGUUACCAUUAAAAUACGAAGUAAAAAUUGUACCUAUGUUGAGAAAUUUUUUCGUCAAAAAUGAGUUAAUAU